AUGAAAUCGAGUGUGCAAUUGAUUCAGGAGGCCCAAAAUUAUAGGUACAACCCAUCAAUUCCACUAAGAAUAUAUUUAAAGACAUGCAUUGGAUUAUUGGAUAAAGCACAAUUAAAUUUUCAAAAUAAUGACAAUUCAAUGGCUUUCAUGUUUUAUUACAGAUACAUGGAUUUGGUCACUAAUAAAUUAUCUACGCAUCAAGAAUAUAUGAGUUCAGUAGACUCUCUACAUAGGAGAGAGUAUUUACAAUUGAUUAAAUUGGAAGUUCCAUGUGUAUUAAAGAUUAUUGAAGAUUUACAAGAGACAAUUGAUGAUAAUUACAAGAAACAUGAAUUGUCUUUAGCGAAGAACAUUGCCAAAGCUAAGCCAACCCAACUUACACAUCAAACAACCUAUGAAACACUACCGUCAACAUUCAAUGAAAGAAGAUUCAACCAAUCUUUGAAUUUUCUACAUAGUCAAACAACGUUUAAUAAUAACACGACAACUAAUAAUAAUUCCAUGAAUAACAAUAACAGUAAUAAUAAUAAUAGUAAUAACAGUAAUAUCCAAGAUAAUAGUAAUGAAAUGUAUCAUUAUCCAGAACUACCACAACUAAGUUACUCAUCAUUUUAG